AUGGCGAAGCCUUUCGCUCACUUCCCUGCUCUUCGCCUCGCGCUGGCCCUGCUCCUCGUAUCCGGCGCGCUUCUACCAGCCGAAUCGCAGUUGGUCGGAAAAUCCGGAAGUCCGAGGAAACGCGUGGCGCUCACGGUCCCCGCCCACGCGCAACGCAGACAGCAGCUGCAGCAGCAGCAGCAGCAGCCCGCCACCACCGUCGUUCGCGGCGGCCCAGGCGGCGCCUCCAUCAUUUCAGCCGUCGGAUUUCCCCUCGUCCGCUCCUCCUCCGCCUCUGACGGCGUCACCACGAGCGCCAUCACGCCGGCCGGCAGCGCGCCGAUUAAGUACCACGGCGGCCCGGUGGUGGUGGGCGCACCGACGGUGAACGUGUACCACAUCUACUACGGCAGCUGGGGGGCGGCGUCGGGCAAGGACGUGAUCGACUCGUUCGUGGCGGCGCUGAGCAGCGACUCGGGCAGCCAGGGCAGCGGCGCGGACGCGAGUGUGAAGGCGUGGUGGGCCAUCAGCGCCGCGUACUUCCAGAAAGACGCUAACGGCGGCAAGAAGAACGUGAGCUCCAAGGUUCGCCUGGCGGGGACUGUGAGUGACAACUAUUCACGCGGCAAGAAGCUGACAGACGACGACGUGCUCACCAUUGUGAAGAGCAAGGUGGGGGCGGGCAAGCCGUUGCCUCUAGACCCACAGGGCAUCUACGUGGUUCUCACCAGCGCGGACGUCACUCUCGGGGGCUUCUGCUCAGAGUACUGCGGCUGGCACACACAGGACUCGGAGAACUCACUUAACUCCCCUCUGCGCUUCGCCUUUGUGGGCCACCACGGACAGUGCCCUGACGCGUGCGGGGUAAAGAGCACGUCGCCCAACGGCAAGCCUGCCAUCGACGCUAUUAUCUCCACUCUCGCGCAUGAGCUCACCGAAGCUGCCACGGACCCGGACACGACCGCGGGGUGGUUUGACGACGAGGGCGAGGAGAAUGCGGACAAGUGCGCGUGGGACUAUGGCAGCACCAAGAGUGGGACCUUGCAGAACGGGCAGAGCUACGAGUACAAUGUGGUGGGGCUGAACGGCAUGAAGUUCCUCGUGCAGCUCAACUGGGACCGCGUCAAGAGCACGUGCGUCCUGCAGAACGCCCUCCCCGCUGAUGGUAGCGGUGGCGGGGGCACUCCCUCCCCUCCUCCCCCGCCACCUCCCCCGACUGGAGGCAGUGUGAAGAUGAGGGUGACUAGAGUGUGGAGGAGGGGAUCAUCUGGGGUGGACGCUGCACCAGGCUCAUCAGGAACUCCUUGA